AUGCAUCUCUUUGGUGAGAGCGAGGUGCAAAAUUACAAUAUCCUGGCUAUCCAGGAAUCCUACAUCAACAAACAUACCGACCCACUAACAACAUACUCACUAGCGCUCAAGGGCAGCUUCCAUAUCCUACUGCAGCCCACACCCAAGGAAGAAUACAAGAAACGCCCACGAGUCUGUUUCUACGUCAAUAGAGGGCUAGAUCCAGCCACAUGGGAGGUCCAAUACCAUAAUAGAGAUCUGAGCACAUUGACACUUCAUACAGCCGCCCAUGGAACCAUCCAUAUUCACAAUGUAUACAAUCCAGGAGUCAAUAGCAACGAGGAAUCUGUAAUUAGCGCCCUGCAAACCGCCAUGGCACCUAGGGCGCAGCAUAUUGUAUUGGGGGACUUCAACCGACAUCACCCGCUGUGGGCGGGCCCGCGGUACCGACACGUUGACGAGGAGGCCACCAAAUUAAUUAAUCUUAUGGAUGAGCAUGGGCUCGAGCAGCUCUUGCCACCAGGCACGAUCACGUACGAGAGGGUUAACGCCAAAUCUACAAUUGAUCUGGUGUGGGCAUCGCACAAUCUAGCCAACCGGGUAGUGAGCUGCGACACCAAGCCAGAGUGGUGGUACGGAGCAGAUCAUGUCCCAAUCUCCACUCAAUUUGACCUUACAGCUAUACGUGUUCCUCCAUUGGUUCGCAAGCAGUGGAAUGCAACAGAUUGGGACCUCUUCCUUAAACUGAUGGACAUAUACAAUUGGCACCCAAGGGAGCUUAAUGACAAUGAGGCGAUCAAUGAGGCGAUCCGCUAUCUAGUUGAGGCAAUCAAUCAGGCAGCUGAGCAAGCGACACCUACAAAACAGAUCAGCAUCUACUCACGAGCGGGCUACACCCCAGAGAUGGCGAAGCUUAAACACCACGCAUGGGAGGACUACGCAGAGGCUAGGAAAGAGAUGAAACGGCGCACCAAUGAGCUCGCACGAGAUCUACAUCGCCAACGAAUUGAGCAGGCAAUAGAGUCAAUAGAUGGAUUCUGGAGAAUUGCCCGUUGGGUCCGCAAUAGGGGCAAACCACGUGCCACGUUUACCCCAACGUUACACUACAAUAACACGAGUUACACAGCCCCAAAGGAGAAAGCAGCCCUAUUCCGAGAGGUCCUCCACCCAGAGCCCCCGGAGGCAGAUCUGUCAGAUAUUGGGCCACAAUAUAGAUAUCCCAAACCGUAUACGAUGCCACCAAUCACGUUAGACGAAGUCCGAACGGCAGUAACCAACGUGAAGCCCGACAAAGCACCAGGGCCAGAUGGAAUCCCCAAUCUGGUCCUACAAAGGCUGCUCCCUACUAUCAAGGCCUAUCUCUCGACAACAGUCAUCCUUCGCAAGCCUGGAAAGCCUGAUUACUCUGAUCCAAAGGCGUACCGCCCAAUAGCGUUACUGAGCACGAUUGGCAAAGCACUAGAAUCAGUGUUAGCCAGACGUCUCAGCUAUCUAGUGGAGCAAUAUAAUCUUUUACCAAAGCAACAUAUUGGAGGACGUCGCGGCCGCUCAUGCGAACUAGCAAUCCAUCUCUUACUAGAAGAGACCCAUAGUGCGUGGAGAGAGGGCUCACGAGUAGCCUCAGGGCUUGCACUUGACGCGGCAGGGGCUUUUGACAACGUCAAUCAUAUAAGACUGAUACACGACCUACGAAAGCGCCAGGUGCCAGAUGACCUGAUUGACUGGAUUGAGAGCUUUCUAAGCAAUCGCCGCACGUCAAUCACACUCCUAGAGGGCAAUAUGGGGGAAUUUCUAGUCAAUACAGGCAUUCCGCAGGGCUCCCCAUUGUCACCAAUCCUAUUCCUAUUCUUUAAUGCAGAUCUUAUUGAGCAGAUACUCGCCGAGUGCCCGGACGUGAUUGUACUUGGAUAUAUUGACGACAUCUUCAUCAUGACAUAUGGGACCUCCGCCGCAGCCAACUGCCACACACUCACCAAAGUACACUAG